AUUUGAUCUAUGCAACAAGCAUAAACAUAACAAAACAUAUAACCACUAGAUUUUUAUUAAGAAGAAUAUAAGGAUGCAGUAAGAUUCUCUUGGAAUACAUUACCUGCAACAAAAUUAUAGAGUACUCGUGCAAUAGUUCCAAUGGGAUGUCUUUAUAGUAUAUAAAUUAAUUAAAAUUAGCACCAAUGAAGGAUUUAGAAUCUUUGGUAUUAGUAUAAUAUUCUCCAUUAUAUUGUAAAUGUGGUGCAAUUUUGAAUCCAUACAAUUAAAUAGAUUUCAGAAAUAAAUAAUGGACAUGUGUGUUUUGUUCUUGUAAAAACAUGUUUCCAAAGCAUUAUGCUGAUCAUAUAACUGAAACAUAAUUACCAGCUGAAUUAAAAAAGACUAGCACAACAAUGGAAUAUAUCUUAGCUAAUUAAUAAGCAGCCCCUACUACAUUUUUAUAUAUAAUCGAUACUUGCAUUCCUUAAGAAGAUUUAUAAGCCAUAAGGGAUUCAAUUUAAUAGAGCCUAUCAAUUAUUCCACCAGAUUCAUAGGUUGGACUUAUCACAUUUGGAAGAAAUAUCUUUGUACACGAACUAGGAUUUUAAGAAUGUCCAAAAUGUUAUAGUUUUAAGGGAUCUAAAGAUUAUACUACUUAAUAAAUUUUAGAGAUGUUAUAAGUAAGUACAAAACCAGAAAUUUUAAAAAGAUUCUUAGUUCCAUUAAGUGAAUGUGAAUUCUCAUUCAAUUCUAUUUUGGAUGAUCUAUAAUGUGAUCCAUGGCCAACUUAGCCUGGAGAAAGAGAAGUUCGAGCUAAUGGAUCAGCAUUAAAAAUAGGUUCAACAUUAGUUGAAAGUGCAACUUAAUUCUCUAAAAUCCUCUUUUUUGUUGGAGGACCUUGUACUAUUGGACCUGGAUAAGUUGUAGGAUUAAAAUUAGAAGAAACUAUCCGAUCUUAUUUAGAUAUGUAAAAGGAAAAUCCUAAUACAUAAUAUCUGUAAAAAGCAAAAAAAUUUUAUAAUGAAAUUGCUCAAAGAGCUAUUAAAGCAAAUUUGACAGUUGAUAUAUUUGCAUUCACUUUAGAUUAAUUUGGUUUAUUGGAAAUGAAAUAAUUAGCAGAAAAAACUGGUGGAGUUGUUGUUAUGCAAGAAAAAUUUGAUUCUGAUGUUUUUAGAGAAACAUACAAAAAAUUAUUUGAUAAAGAUAGUACUAAUUUUCUUAAGAUGGGUUUCGGAUCUAAAAUGGAUAUAUUUGUAUCAAAAGAUAUAAAAGUAUAAGGAGGAGUAGGACCAUGUAUUUCAUUAAAAAAAGGAGGACCUAUGGUAUCUGAAGUUUCUAUAGGAGAAGGUGGAACAACAAGUUGGUAUACAGGUGGUUUAGAUAGAAACUCCACAAUUUUAUUUUUAUUUGAUUUAUCUUCUACAAAAGACACAUCUUUUUCACAAUGUGCUUAUAUUUAAUUCAUAACAAUGUAUAGACACUCAAGCAGAUUGCAAAGAUUAAGAGUAACUACAAUUCAAAGAAGAUUUGCCGAUCACAACAAUAUUAUGGAUAUGAUAAGAGGAUUUGAUCAAGAAGCUGCUUGCGUUACAAUGGCAAGAGUGGGAAUUCUAAAAGCAGAAUCUGAAGAAUCAAUAGAAGUUUUAAAGUGGUUAGAUCGAUCUUUAAUUCGAGUUGUAGCAAGAUUUGGUUCUUAUCGAAAAGAUGACGUAAGUUCAUUUAGAUUUCCAUCAGAAAUGAUGAUGUAUCCAUAAUUCAUGUAUCAUCUUCGAAGAUCUCAUUUCAUUAGUACAUUUGGUGCCUCACCAGAUGAGACCACUUUUUAUAGAGUAAUUUGUUAUAAUAAUAAAUGAUUAGGCGUCUUUAUCUAGAGAAAGUGUUUAAAAUGCUUUAGUAAUGAUUCAACCAGCAUUAUUAUAAUAUACAAUAGAUGAUCCAGUUGCUAAUGCUGUAAAUUUAGACAUUCAAAGCAUGAAACCUGAUGUUGUAUUGCUUCUAGAUACUUAUUUCAAUGUUGUUGUUUGGAAUGGAGAAAAUGUAUAAAAAUGGAUUGAAGAAGGAUAUUAUGACAAUCCAGAGUAUGAAUAUGUUAAAGAAUUAGUAGAUGCUCCUAAUUCUGAUGUUUAAGUAAUAUAUUAAUUUAAUUGUUAAGUAUAUCUUAGAAGAUAGAUUUCCAGUUCCUAAAUUGAUUAAAACCUAUUUUGGUCAUGGUUAAGAGAGAUAUUUAAAAAGCAGGGUGAAUCCAUCUGUAAAUACAGUCUAAAAUGAAAAUGUUGAAAGUGGUAAUUAUAUCACUGAUGAUGCCAGUCUUAAAGUAUUUACAGACCAUCUUAUUCGCUUAGCUGUAUAAACUGUAUAAUGAAUAUAUCAAGUAUAAG